UCCCUCUCCCCCGUCACUACAGUUAUUUCCAGAGCCAAGAAUCUGCUCUGUAAAUAACCUCUGAUUCCAACCGUUAUCUUUACUCCACACUCUUGCCAUUCACAAGACGACCUCCCAAUUCUUCUUCCAUCAAAUUUUCUCUGCUGCAAAAAUGGCUUCCCCACUCAAGAAUCCUUCAAUCUUCUUCCUUCUUUGCUUCAUACUGCAAUCUUUCUCUACUGCAAAAUCGGAGCCUUUCAUCGGCGUCAACUAUGGCCAGGUCGCCGACAACCUGCCGCCGCCGGGAAAUACGUCUGAGCUGCUUCAGAAGACCAGCAUUGGGAAGGUCAGGCUGUACGGCGCCGACCCGGGGAUCAUUACAGCAUUGGCGAAUACCGGCAUUGAGAUUGUGAUCGGAGCUGCCAACGGUGACAUUGAAAAUCUUGCAGGCAACCCGAACCCGAACUUCGCGGUUCAGUGGGUCAAUGAUAAUGUGAUUCCUUAUUACCCGAGUAGCAAGAUUAUCGUCGUCACCGUUGGUAACGAGGUUAUGAGCUCAGGGGAUCAGAAUCUUAUCUCCAACCUCUUGCCUGCUAUGAAGAAUGUCCAAAGUGCCCUCGAUGCAUCACCAUCCAUUGGCAGGGAAAUAAAGGUGUCAACGGUGCACUCAAUGGCAGUGCUAAGUCAAUCUGACCCGCCCUCUUCAGGAGCAUUUAACUCUUCUUUUAAUGGCACAAUGAUGCCAUUACUGCAAUUCCUCAAAGAUACCGGUGCACCAUUGAUGAUCAACCCGUAUCCUUAUUUUGCUUACCAGAGUGAUCAAAGGCCCGAAACGUUGGCUUUCUGUCUCUUCCAGCCCAAUGAUGGCCGACCUGAUAAUGGAAAUCAGAAAACAUACAUGAACAUGUUUGAUGCUCAGGUGGACGCAGUUUACUCAGCCUUGAACGCAAUGGGAUUCGAUGAGGUUCAAAUUGUAGUUGCAGAGACUGGUUGGCCUACCAAAGGUGAUCAUACCGAAGCAGGUGCCACCGUAGACAAUGCAAAAGCAUAUAAUGGGAACUUGAUAAAUCAUCUCCGGUCUAUGGUUGGUACGCCUCUAAUGCCUGGGAAAUCAGUUGAUACUUAUAUAUUUGCCCUGUAUGAUGAGGAUUUGAAGCCAGGUAUUGCCUCUGAAAGGUCAUUUGGGAUCUUCAAACCCGACCUUUCCAUGGCCUAUGAUAUUGGCCUUCUGAACACUUCUCAGACCCCGUCAGCUGCUCCAGUGGGUCCCGCGACUCCGUCUCCGGUUGAAUCCGUUACUCCCGCUCCAACCACUGUUGUGAACCCACUUUCUCCAGCUUAUCAAGCAGGUGUAAGCUCUGGAAAUGCAGUUUCUUGCAGAGACUCACAUUCACUCCAACUCAUCCUAGCCAUUGUAGUGGGUGCACUUAUGAUGGAAGACAAACUUUUAUUUCAAAAUGCUUGGCAACACAUACGCAUAAAAUAGGAAACACGACAUAAGGAAACAUAUUUGUUUAUAAUAUAAGUUUAUCUGGGAGUUCCCUGGAAUUUCGAAGAAGUGUUUAUGUGUACCAUAGUUUAUCUGUGAACCAUAUGAAAUACAUAUGUAAUUGUAUUUUUUCUCUUCCUGUAAUUUCAUUGUAGAGGUUGUAGCAGAUAAAUUGACAUGUCAAGGAUAGACAUUUGAAAACUAAUAUCAAUAAAUGACAACAAUCAUGGUCUCCUGCCCUCAAUGUACAUGGUGCAUGUAUGGCAUCAAAGAGAUAUCUAGAUGUAUGCAUUGUGGUUGACAUUAU